UAAAAAGCCAAAACUUGCUCCUUUCCAUAAUGAUGAUAAUUUUACAGAGAAGUUCAGAACCUCGUGAUGAGAAUAUCAGAAAAACAGCAGCAAAACUAGUACCACCUUUCUCACUCUUUCUCUCUUUCUCUUUCUCUUUGUGUAUUUAUUUGGAAGUUGUUGUAGCCAUGAACCAUGAGAGCUAGCUAGCAAAGAGUUUUUGGUGUUUUGCUUGUAUUUUAUUUUCAAAGUUGAAAGGGAGAAGAAGAUUGAUUGAUUUAUGGGGAGUGGUGGUAGUAGUGGUGGUGGUGGGACUAAGAGGAAUGGAUCAGGAGAAGUUAGGCAGUAUAUUAGAUCUAAAGUUCCAAGAUUAAGAUGGACUCCUGAUCUCCAUUACUGUUUUCUUCAAGCUAUUGAAAAGCUUGGUGGCCAACACAAGGCUACUCCAAAGCUUCUUCUUCAACUCAUGGAUGUUAGAGGACUAACCAUUUCUCAUGUCAAGAGCCACCUUCAGAUGUUUAGAAGCAUGAGGAAUGACUACAAUAAACAAAUUACAAGUGAUGUUCAUGGUGAUCAUCACCAAGAUGAUAAUUCAAAGCCAACAGUGAAAAGAGCUAGAGUGGAAACACAGCCCAUCUGCAAUACCAGAGAAACCUCUCAGUGCUCUUUUGAUAAUUUUCAAAAAGAAGUUAAUCUCUUCAAUGGAGCAGGAUCAGGCUUUUUCAAGGUGGGCAAAGAAGAAGAAGAUGAGGAGGUUGAUGAUUGCUCGCUUUUGUUAUCGUUAUCAUCGCAUAAAAAGAGGAAGAAUAUGGUAAACACUUGUUCGGCAAGUGAAAGCAGUUGCAUUUUCUCAAGCUCUGGUUACUCUGAUGGAUAUUGCAGCAUAAACUUGGAGCUUUCCAUGUCUACUUGUGGAUCUUAUUCUUAUUCUGUAAUUUAACGCCUUGUUUUUGUUGUUCAGAUUAUGAUGAUGAUCAAUGAAAAUUUCAAAAAAAGA